AUGGAGGAGAAGGCUGCUAGGAUGAGGAAAGUGCCCCGUUACCACCAGGCAGACAAGGAGCUGAAGAUGGAGACCAGGGAGGACAAAUCUUCACAGCAGAACCUCAUGGAAGAGGCCAUUUUGAGUGGCUUCAUGGUGCAGGAAUCCAAUGGGGAGGAAAAAGCAGAGAGGUCCCACAGGACGAGGGGCUCCAAACCCAGGCCAGUGUGCACUGAGGAGGAAAGACCCACCCUGUUCCUGGAAGGUGGACAGAGCUUCAGCCAGAGGUCAGAGCUGGUGGUCUCUGAGCAGGUUCAUGACAGGGAAAGGCGGUAUGAAUGCUUGGAGUGUGGGAAGAGAUUCAGGCGGAGCUGCCACCUGAUCAGGCACCAACGCAUCCACACUGGGGAGAGGCCCUACGUGUGUGGGAAUUGUGGGAUGAGCUUCAGCCAGAGCUCCAGCCUGAUCUGCCACCAGAGGAUCCACACUGGGGAACGACCCUACGAGUGUAGGGAUUGUGGGAAGAGCUUCAGUACGAGCUCUUCCUUGAUCCGCCACCAGAGGAUCCACACUGGGGAAAAGCCAUACACAUGUGGGGAAUGUCAGAAGAGCUUCAGUCGGAGAUCCCAACUGAUCAUCCACCAGAUGAUCCACACUGGGGAGAGGCCCUACGAGUGUCCCCAGUGCCAGAAGAGGUUUCACACCAGCUCCACUCUCCUCCGCCAUCAGCGGAUUCACACGGAUGAGAGGCCCUUCCGCUGCCCUGACUGCGGGAAGGGCUUCAAACAAAACUCCAUCCUGGUCAGGCACCAGAGCAUCCACACUGGGGAGAGGCCCUACGAGUGUCCCCAGUGUGGGAAGAGCUUCACCCAGAGGUCUCACUUGACCAGACACCAACAGAGGCUCUGCUAA